UCAGAUGAUAUCAUCAAUGUUUUGGUGCUCAUGUGAUUCUCGGUAUAGUGAAACUAAAUAGUGAUAAUAUAUUUUUCAUUACGUUUAGUAUUUGUGUGGAUAUUUUCGAUUAAUUUCCCGGUCUUUUGACAGUUGGACUGUCAAUUUGACGUUUGUGAAAUUGUGAAAAUGGCAGAGUUAAUAUCGGUUCCGUUGAAAAAACCUUCAGAAGUAGAUUUAGUGACACCUCUAAAAAAUUUAAUCCAGUCCAGAUAUAGUACUGCUGAUAAGCCUGAAGACUGCAAUGAAGCAAUAAACGAGUUAUCAAAACUUAGAAAUACAGCGAUUUGGAAAGCCUUUGAGAAGUAUGAGAGUUCACUGGACAUUAUUUAUGGAUAUUAUGAUCAAUUGGUGUCUCUUGAAACAAAAAUUCCGGCACAGGAAUUACAGGUGCCAUUUAAAUGGAAGGAUGCAUUUGAUAAAGGCUCUAUCUUUGGUUCCAGAAUCAGUUUAACGAUUCCUUCACUCAGCUAUGAGAAAAUUUGUGUCUUGUUCAACAUUGCAGCUUUACAAAGUGCAGUGGCCGCCAGUCAGAGUGUUGAAAAUGAUGAGUCACUUAAAUUGGCUGCAAAGUUAUUACAGCAAUCAUCAGGCAUUUUUAAUCAUUUGAAAUCAACUGUAAUGUUGACUAUACAACAAGAUCCCACUCCUGACCUAAAUCCUGACACUCUGGGAGCUUUAUCAAACUUGAUGUUAGCGCAAGCACAAGAAAUUUUUGUUCACAAGGCCAUCCAUGAUAAUAUGAAAGACUCGAUUGUGGCAAAAUUGGCUUCCCAGUGCGAGGAUUUGUACGGCGAAUGUUUGAAAGUGUUUCAAAGGGAAAAUCUGAAAAAUAUAUGGGACAAAGAUUGGAUCCCAACGAUUGCAGGGAAACAGGCCGCACUUCACGCCGUCGCACAGUUCUAUCAAAGUUUGGUGUGCAGAAGCAACAAACAAAUCGGUGAAGAAAUUGCAAGAUUGGAACAUUCAGUUUCGCUGUUUCAAACAGCUCAACAACGUUCAGGCAAAGCAUCACUUUUCCAAGAUUUACAACAUAAAGCUCAAAGAAACUUAACUGAAGUAAAAAAAGAUAACGAUUUCAUUUAUCAUGAAAGAAUUCCGGAUAUAAAAUCAUUGGAACUUAUUGGUAAAGCUCAACCAGCGAAGGUUUUACCAUUAGCACAACCGAUGAGUCAAGCAUUUAAAGAUUUGUUUAGUGAGUUGGUACCAGUGGCAGUACAUCAGGCUUUGGCUGCUUAUGAUGUGAGAAAAACCGAGAUUGUUAAUGCUGAAAUCGGGCGUCUUAGAGAAUCUACUACCACAUUGAAUGGAAUUUUAGCUUCGUUGAAUUUGCCGGCUGCAAUUGAAGUUACUGAUGGUAGUUCAGGGCUGCCACCUUCAAUUAUCGAAAAAGCCAAUACUGUAAGUCAGUUAGGCGGCAUAAACGAAUUGGAAAAAAUGAUAAGAGAAUUACCAGAUGCCUUGAAGAGGAAUCAGGACAUACUAGAUGAAACUGACCGAAUGUUGAAUGAGGAGAAACAAGCAGAUGAUUCUUUGCGCCAACAAUUCAAAGAACGUUGGACUAGAACACCGUCCGAUAAAUUGAAUGAAAUGUUCCGCUCAAAUGCUGCAAAAUAUAGAGAGAUUAUUAAUAACGCAGUUCAGGCUGAUAAAGUGGUCCGUGAAAAAUUCGAGUCUCACCGCGAGGGAAUUGCUCUUUUGAGUAAAUCUCCGGCUGAGUUACAGGCAGCAGUCCCUCAAGGAUCAUCCGGCACCGUGACGAAUUCUUCGGCUGUUAACACGUUAAGACAGUUGAUGGAAGAAGUUGAAACAAUCAAAGCAGAACGCGACGUUAUCGAAUCAGAAUUAAAAAAUACCAACUUUGAUAUGAAAACUAAAUUUUUAUCGGCGUUGGCUAAAGACGGGGCUAUAAGUGAACCGGCUUUAUCUGUUGAAAACCUUGGUCAGAUAUACGGCCCUCUUCAGAAACAAGUUAGAGAGAGUAUUGAGAAACAAGAGGGUCUUAUCGCAAAAAUACAACAAGCCCAUUCCCAGUUUAUCCAAGAGAGAGGGUCAACGGCUUCCGGUAGGGAGAGUAAAAUGGUCCAGUUGGCGGGUGCUCAUGAUGCAUUUAGAGACCUUUUGAACAAUUUAACAGAAGGAACAAAGUUUUAUAACGAUUUGACUCAGUUAUUAGUCGCUUUCCAAAAUAAAGUAUCUGAUUUUUGCUUUGCCCGGAAAACUGAAAAGGAAGAGUUGUUGAAAGAUCUUACACAGGAGUCAAGUAGAGGGUCGAUGCCGACCCCCACUCAACCGUCCUAUUACACAGGUCCAGAUGUGAAGAAAGAGGCUCCACCGAGGCCCCCACAGCCCUCGCAGCCACCCCAAGCUCCGCCGGCUUCUGGAGGAGUCCCAUAUCCGGUUUACGUCCAAGGAAUGCCUGUACCCUACGGGGCGUCCACUUCUACCCCCUAUCCCGCUUAUGUUCCACCACCCAUGCCUCAAGGGUACAACCCAUAUGGAACUAUGCCAUAUCCCAAUUCGUAUAAUUAUCCAGGGGGAUUCCCAGCUGCGCCAGGUUAUGGACAACAACCACCACCGGGGAGUUACCCCCAACAACCACCGGCGGGAUAUCCCCCACAAAAUCCAGGGGGAUAUCCACCAAAUCCCUGGUAAUGAUGUGGUCGGUGUUGUAUUUUAGGUGCGCAGUGAUUAAGUUUACAAUAGGUAAAUUUUGAUCAUUAGUUUAGGAAGUUAAUUAUUAUGAGUGGUUUAUUAAGAUGUAUCAUUUUUUUAAAGUUAUAUGUAGCUGAGAGCAGUUAUUGUUAAUCGAGUCUGUCAAUUUUAUCUAAGUUGCAAAAUUAAUUUUUGUAUAAUAAAAUAUUUUUAUACUAUUAUUAAUGUUAAUUAUUAUGGAUUGUAAGGAAAUUAGUGCCUCUGUUUGUAUUAAUCUUUCAGAAUAAAUGAUUACCAAAUA